ACCUGUGGAAUACAAUGAUGCAAACGUGGAACGCGCGAUCGAAUACCAACGCCAGUUACAGGCGGACAUGGGUGGCACAGAAGUGUUACCGGCCCUGCGAGAGGCUUUCCGAACUCCUUUAACCGGGACCGGUUGGUACAAACAAAUCAUAUUUUUAACCGAUGGCGAAGUGGGAAAUGCUGAUGAGGUCGUGGGAUUGGUGGCAUCCAAUGUGAAACAGGCUUGUGUGUACACGCUCGGAAUCGGGAUGGGAGCCAGUACCUAUUUGGUUGAGGGAGUGGCCCGCGUGGGUCGUGGUGUCAACGAGUUAAGAGCGGCCACAAUGAAAAUCUUGAAUGCGGCUUUGCAACCGCGUGCGCAAAACGUACAAGUCAAAUGGGAUAUAACUGCCCGGAGGGAUGACGGAACUCAGCAUCCGGUUGAGAUUAUCCCCGUACCUGAAGAAAUUCCCCCGAUUUUCAAUGGCCGUUUUACCACGGUUUAUGGUCUGUUCAAACCGGUCGACGGGGCCACCUUGACCGGGCAUGUCACUCUGGAAUGUGACGUGAUGUCUGAGAAACAGACACUUCAGAUCGACAUGUCCGAAGUGAUGAAACAGCAGCAUCUGUCCACCGAUUCCGCUGCCGGUCCGCAAGCAGUUCCCGAUUUGCCAUUGCAUCGAUUGGCUGGCAAAUGUCAGCUGAAUGAGCUGGGUGAUAAGCACAAGGCAUUGAUCAUGCGUGAGAAAGGAGAAGAAGCGGAUGUGCCCGGAGCGGAUGAACCAUCUACACGGCAAGGAGACGCAGAUGAAGACACUCAGGCGAAAGAGAAGAAACAAGACGAUGAAGACGCGGCUGUGACUGAGAUCCGUACCCGGAUGGAACGUUUGUCGUGC